UCUGAACAUUAUGUUCGCUAAAGCGCAGUCCUAUUGUACCUUUUGUUUCUUCUUACUUUUAACAAAGCAACAGAUUUAGGUAUAUCUUAAAAACUACAACUCCCAAACCAGGGAAGAAGGAAUGAUGUGGUGCUACAGCGGCGUAGAUUAGCAUGAACAUGGAUAGCACAGGAAUGAGUUUCAGUCUGUUAAAUUGUUCGUUUUGUCAUAUCUGCCGCUUUGUUUGAGAAUGAAAGUCUUAGUCCACACCGUUUUUGUCUGUUUUGUGCUGAUAUUUGCCUGCGUGCGGACAGCCGAUUCCAGUGAGGGUCAGUCAGUGCAGCAUGGACAGCCGGAGCAAAUCCCAAACCAAGAAUCUCAGAUAAAUGACCCAAAUCAUCCUCCAGACUCGCUUGCAGGAGACGAGAACACUGAGCUUAACAGGAUAAAUGGCACGUCAAAUUCUACCAAUGAGACGCUACAUGCCACCACGCCUGUUGCCAAGGCCACGACCAUGGCUCCACCCACACCCAAGCCCAUACUGCCCGUGCAGACAGGAGUCAAGGCCCAAGAGGAGGAGCAGUCCAGUGGGAUGAGCAUCUUCUUCAGCCUGCUGGUCAUUGGUAUCUGCAUCAUAUUGGUGCAUCUGCUGAUCAAGUUCAAGCUGCAUUUCCUGCCUGAGAGUGUGGCUGUGGUGUCUCUGGGGAUCCUCAUGGGAGCUUUCAUAAAGAUCAUUGAGACUCAGGAGUUGGCCAACUGGAAGGAAGAAGAAAUGUUCAGACCAAACAUGUUCUUCCUUCUCCUGCUGCCACCAAUCAUCUUUGAGUCAGGAUACUCUCUGCACAAGGGCAAUUUCUUCCAAAACAUCGGUUCCAUUACCCUAUUUGCUGUCAUUGGAACUGCUAUUUCUGCCUUUAUUGUUGGCGGUGGAAUCUACUUCCUUGGCCAGGCGGAUGUUAUUUACAAGAUGAGCAUGACAGACAGUUUUGCAUUUGGCUCGCUAAUCUCAGCCGUGGAUCCUGUGGCCACCAUCGCCAUCUUUAACGCUCUGAAUGUGGACCCUGUGCUGAACAUGUUGGUUUUUGGCGAGAGCAUUCUCAAUGAUGCUGUAUCCAUCGUGCUGACCAAUACGGCAGAGGGCUUUGCUGGCUCAGACGUCUCCACGGUGACCGGUUGGGAAACCUUCCUGCAGGCGUUGGGCUAUUUCCUGAAGAUGUUCUUCGGUUCAGCCGCUCUGGGCACACUGACCGGCCUCAUAUCCGCCAUCUGUCUGAAGCAUUUUGACCUAAGAAAGACCCCGUCUUUGGAAUUUGGCAUGAUGAUUAUCUUCGCCUAUCUGCCAUAUGGCCUCUCCGAAGGGAUCAAACUCUCUGGCAUCAUGGCCAUCCUGUUCUCUGGUAUAGUGAUGUCCCACUACACUCAUCAUAAUCUGUCUCCAGUCACCCAGAUCCUCAUGCAGCAGACUCUUCGGACAGUGGCCUUCAUGUGUGAAACAUGUGUGUUUGCCUUCCUGGGUCUCUCCAUCUUCAGUUUUCCUCACAAGUUUGAGCUCUCUUUCGUGAUCUGGUGCAUUGUUCUGGUGCUUCUUGGUCGUGCUGUUAACAUCUUCCCCCUGUCUUUUUUACUCAACUUUUUCCGGGACCACAAGAUCACCCCAAAAAUGAUGUUCAUCAUGUGGUUCAGUGGACUGCGGGGUGCUAUCCCCUAUGCCCUGAGUCUUCACUUGGGCCUGGAGCCCAUUGAGAAGCGGCAGCUGAUAGGCACCACCACUAUCGUCAUUGUCCUCUUCACCAUCUUGCUGCUGGGUGGUGGGACCAUGCCCCUCAUCCGCAUCAUGGACAUCGAGGACAGCCAAUCACGACGCAAGAACAAGAAGGACAUCAACUUGAGCAAGACGGAGAAGAUGGGUAACACCAUAGAGUCAGAGCACUUAUCCGAACUGACGGAAGAGGAGUACGAAGCUCAGAUUUUCCAGAGGCAGGACCUGAAGGGCUUUCUAUGGCUUGACGCCAAGUACUUGAACCCCUUCUUCACACGCAGACUGACCCAGGAGGAUCUAUUGCAUGGGCGUAUCCAGAUGAAGACUCUGACCAACAAAUGGUAUGAAGAGGUCCGUCAGGGUCCGUCCGGUUCUGAGGAUGAGGAGGAUGAAGCUGAACUGCUCUGAAACCUGCUGUUCUAUUUCUUGUAGUGAACCUGGUACACAGGCUGUACCACUGCACAUACAUACACAGCACCCUCUCACUGGGGCGUACCAAAAACACACAGGCCAGACCUCAGCAGGGGGAAAGUUUUGCACAGACUUGGAACUCAAUUAUGGAGUACAAAAGAAAUGAAUAAAAUAAGGGAGGCCCUUUAAAGAGAACGAGAAAGAAAAGCAAUAGUGAAACAAUUUUUUCUGCGUUGUGGGAGGUUUGUAAUCUGGUCGUACACUUUUGUCUUUCUACUGAAUCACUAACAGGGACAUGGCAACGAUGAAUGUUUAGGAGGAUUUGUUUUUCUGUAUUUAUUAGUUUCCUAUAUGAAAGAAUCAAGAUUAGAGAAGAUUAGAGCUUUUAUAUGUUGAAAUAUAUUAAUAUGUAUUGCCACUGUUCUCGUGCCAGACAGAUUAAUUUAAACUGAUGUAGCUGCUAAGAAUGUAUGUCAGAGUUUUUUUCCUGAAAGUUGUUUGUAUGUGAAUUACAGAGGUGAAGAAGGGGAAGUGGAGUUUUGCAAAGCAGAAUGUUCUAAGCUAUGUAAAUGAAGUCAAUGCAGUUAAAUCUGGACUGCUUUUAUAUUAUUAUUCUUUAAAGUCUGCUUUAUAAAACACCUCCAGUGCUUUGACUGAGAAAUCAGAAUAAAUGGAUUGAAGUUGGUUACAAUUUGUAUAUUUUACCUUUCUGUUGAGAGCCAUAGUGUAACACAUCCUGUUCUUUUGGGUUUUUCAAUAAAUUCCUAUAUAUAUAUAUAAACAUUAA